AUGAAGAAUGAGAUUUGGGCAAAGGGCAAGUACAGGUAGGCGGUAACGAGGAGCCAGGAGCAAAGUUGGUUCACGUGACUUUUGUCUUGUCACUUAAAACUGUACUAGAGGUGAUGGUGCCUCGGUGGCUGCACACUCCUCCUUGGAGUCUGAUUUGGUGGUAGCCCUGUGCAUCUCUUCUGCCCUCCCAUUUCUGUGGACAAGAUGACAAGAUGUGACAUGUACAGGUGAUACUACCAAAAAGAGAACAUACAGUCUUUCCAACUCAGAAUUGAAGUCAUUUUCCAAAAUCUUUAUUUAACUUAUAUUGCUGUCCUCCUUGCCCAAAUGUAGGGAGUAAUGUAUAUAAAGCUGCUAAAAAAUCUUGGGCAUAAAAAUGAUGCUCACUAUGUGGUAACUUGUUAACGUCAUACUCGUGAGCAGUGGGCAGCUGUUGGGAGCCUGGCCCUGGAGUCCAACAGAUCAUGCUUCACGUCUCGGCUUAGUGGUGUACUUAAACCAAAUUAAUUACUCUCUGCAACCUCCUGUUUUCCAGUUUAUAAAUAGGGUAAUAACAAUAUCCAGCGUUGGAGUAUUGUGAGAAAUAAAUGAGGCAGUUUAUGAAAACACCUUGAACAGUAUUUGACACACAGUUUAUGUGCUUAAUGUCAUUCUUUGUUAUUAUUAUUAACACAUGUUCUUUCCCUGCCUCAUUAGACUUUCAGUAAAGGAGAGACCAUCAUAUUAUAGAACAAGAUGCAAUGUUUGAGGUCAUUUAGUGCAGCCUCCGCCUAUGAGGACACAGAUUCAGACAGGAAGAUAGUUGUUCAAGUUUAUAUCAGUGGCAGAAAUCAGACUUGAAUUCGGAGCUCCAGACGCUGUUUCCAGCCUUCCUACAAUGAAUCUCUCUGGCUCAUCAUAAUCAACUGCCCCUCUCCUACCACGACAUUCCCCUCCAAAGGAAAAUACUUGCCCUCCCCCAGAGGAGAUCUAAAAGUCUCUUAGGGGAGUAGUGGAGUGAAGUGGGUCUCCUGACUUGUACCUCUCCAGCUGGGGCUGCCUGAAGCUGGACUACAGUGUCCUACUUCCUAGACCGAAGUGGUGAGCCACGGUGCAGGUUAGCAGAAAGCAUGAUGAAUUUGGAGCCAGAAGUCCUGGUGCCAUUUAUUAACUGCGUGGUCUUGAGCAAGUUGGUUUAACCACUUUGAGCCUCAUUUGACUCAGUAAUAAAAUGGAGAUAAAUUAAAUUUCUGAAUGGUAGAAAGAGCUAGUGGUUGAAAAAUCACUUUUGUAACAAUUAACACGGAGUGAGUGUUUACUGUGUACUUGGUGCGCUGCCCAUGUUUCCAUGAAUUAUCUCUUUUACCUCUCACAGUACAACAGUGCUGUUGUUAUUGCAAUAGAUAUCAGACUGAGACUCAUGAGGUCAAUUGCUUUGUCCAUGGUCACACAAAUAGAAGUUACUGAGUCUGAGUUUGGAACAAGCUUUGCCUGUUUUCGGGGCUCAUUUUCUUAACCACUAUGCUCUAUUGUUGGGAUUCUAGCCUUACUUUUAUAUUAAAUGAUCGUAAGCUGAUCACUGAGCCUCUGAGAGACCUACCGGCUUCUCUCCGUAUCAGGAGGCUGACACUUCUGAACAAAGCUGCCUUGAAAGUGACUCACAAGAACCUGAAGAACUCUGUAUAUUUUGUAACGGAAAUGGGGUGGUUCAGUGCUGGUGAUUCGUGUCUUUAUUUUCUAUUGUUUGUGGAUAAAUGAUGUGUGUGAAUAUGAGUAAAUAGUUACCUGAUCCCCAACAUUUCUGCUAAAAUGUUACCUUUUCAAGAAACCAUCUCUGAUGGUUCUAUUGAAUAGCUCUCUUUUUACUCUGGCCCUCCCAAUUCCCCACACCCUGCUCUUCUUCUUUCUCAUUUUUAUUUUAUAUAACACUUAUCAUCUUCUAUCAUGGUAGAAAUAUACUCUAAAAAUAUAUUGCAUAUGCUUAGCUCUCUGCUAGAAGGACAGCUCUACCAGGGAGAAGCUCUUUGUUUACUGUUCUGAGCCUCGAGAAGCGUGUCUGGCAUAUGGUAAGUUCUCAGUAGAUUCUUACUGAAUAAAUAAAUAAAUGAAUGUAUUAUCUUUCUCUUCCCCCACCUCUUUGGUCAGGAUGAUAUGUGUGAAUUCCUUUUAUAACACAGAAAAUCAUUGUUUUGGCUAAAGGUCAGGAUUAGAUUGAGCCCUAAGGGGAAAAAACCUCCUAAAUAUUUACAUUAUCAGAAAUUCAGUGGAGGAAAAACACCAGAUGAUGACUUUUAUUUUAUCAGUAGAUCAGCUUUUGUCAAAUGUUGAGCAAAGUUUCAUUUUCUUAUUUAUCUGGAAUCUUAUGAGACCUUUUAAACCGACUUCAGUUUUUAUUUCAAGUUUAGAAGGAGGACAAGAAGAAUCACCUUUGAAGUAUUCAGUAUUUCCAUUACCCCAAAUUAUCAGCAUCCAAAGGCACAGAGCAGACAACCUAGGAUUCAUGGCAGAGAAUGGCACUCUGGUGACAGAAUUCAUUCUGUUGGGGUUCCAGGUGCAGGCAGAGCUGCAGAUGGGUCUCUUCUUUGUGUUCCUGGUCCUUUAUCUCAUCACCAUGGUAGGCAACCUGGGCAUGAUCGUGCUGAUUCAGAGUGACUCUCGCUUGCAGACUCCCAUGUACUUCUUCCUCAGCCACCUCUCCUUCCUGGACAUUUGCUACUCCUCUGUUAUCGUCCCUCAGUUGCUUGAGAUCUUGGAUACUGAUAAGAUGGUCAUUACCUUUGAGCGCUGUGCCACCCAGUUCUUUUUUUUCACACUCUGUGCUAGUGCUGAAUGCUUCCUUUUGGCUGUGAUGGCCUAUGACCGUUAUGUGGCUGUGUGUAACCCCCUCCUUUACGCCACUGCCAUGACACCACAGACUCGCCUGGGGCUGGUGGCCGGGGCAUACGCUGGUGGCAUGUUUAAUUCUGUGGUCCGCACUGGGUGUACCUUCUCGAUCUCCUUCUGUAAGUCUAACCAAGUGGACUUCUUCUUCUGUGACCUUCCACCCCUGAUGAAGCUUGCCUGUAGUGAGACCUGGCUACGGGAACAGGUGAUCUACUUCUUAGCUUUCUCGGUCAUUACAACCAGCGUUUCGGUGAUUCUUAUAUCCUACCUGUUCAUCAUUCGGGCCAUUCUGAAGAUUCAUGCAAUAGGUGGCAAAGCCAAGACUUUCUCCACCUGUGCUUCUCACAUGACUGCAGUCACUCUUUUCUUUGGGACACUCAUAUUUAUAUACCUGAAAGGUAAUAUGGGCAAAUCCCUCGAGAAGGACAAGAUUGUGUCAGUAUUUUACACUGUGCUCAUACCUAUGCUGAACCCAAUGAUCUACAGUCUGAGAAACAAGGAAGUGAAGGAAGCUCUGAAGAAAGCUCUUGACAGGAUGAGGGUUUCCAAGUAGAGUAAGACUUGAGCUCCAUCAACUCAGAAGUUCCUGCAAAUCAUCUUUUGGCUUUUGGCUUGUCCCUUAGCACAUGAACCAAAUCUUAUAAUUACAAAGUCAUAUUGGGCCAAAAAAUGUAGUUGGGCAAUUUAUUUAUUAGCUCUAUGACCUUGAGCCAGAAAUUCUCUGCCUGUUUUUGCAUCAGUGAAAAUUUCUGUCUUGCUGUGAUUAAAGC